AUGUCUAAAAAGUUUAAAUCUAACCUUUACUGUGAAGUUCCUAUCUCACUACUGUUUUUACUAUUGUUGGCGAUCAUACGUGCAGGAGGCGUUGAACUGUUCCAAACUGAACCCGUUGUGUGCAUUAGUGAUGGUUGUUUGCGAGGCACGGUCUUGCAGAACAGUGUUGGCAGCACUUAUCCAGCGUUUCUGGGCAUUCCGUUUGCCAAACCUCCUAUCGGGAAGCUUCGGUUUGCGAAUCCACAACCCAACGAUCCAUGGAAGGGAAAGUACGAUGCAUCCACGACAAAGAGCGCAUGUAUCCAGAUAGUAACAGUCCUCCCAUCGCCUCGCCUGUACGGGUCAGAGGACUGUCUGUACCUGAACGUGUUCAUGCCGACUCUACAAAUCCGGGAAACUGCACUACUUCCCGUGAUGGUCUACAUUCAAGGUGGUGGAUUUUUGUACGGCUCAGCGCAACUGGAACAGCGUAAUCCUGCCCGCUUUAUGACCUGGCGUCGUGUGAUCGUUGUGACGUUCCAGUACCGCUUGGGUGUGUUUGGAUUUCUCUCCACGGGCGACCGGUCUGCACCAGGAAACUUUGGCAUGAAGGAUCAAGUGAUGGCGCUCCGAUGGGUAAAGAAGAACAUCCGUGCGUUCGGAGGAGAUCCCAACCGGGUUACGAUCUUCGGUGAAAGUGUUGGAGGAUCCAGUGUACAGUACCAGAUGCUCAGUCCUCUGAGUCGAGGUCUGUUUCAUCGGGCAAUAAGCAUGGGUGGUAGUGAUUUCUAUAGCAUGAAAGGAGCGAUCGGAAGUCCUCUUACUUUCGCAAGAGCGCAGGCGAACGUAGUUGGAAUAGAGGACGCCAAUGAACUGUCAUCGGCGGAGCUGGUCGAGCAGCUGCGAAAGGUGGAUGCGUAUGAGCUGACGCGCAGUAUCGAACGGUUGAAGCAGUGGGAUAUCCACCCGAUCACCAUGUACCUUCCAGUAGUGGAGCCGCCGGGGGAACCAGAGUCCUUUUUGGUCGAAGAUCCUCGAGCUGCUUGGAGGCGGGGAGCAUAUGCAGCUGUUCCUUGGAUGACGGGAAGCAUUCCGAACGAAGGAUCCAUCAUCACACAGACGAUUUACAAGAAUGAAUCACUAAUUGAAGAUUUCAAUGCAAAGUUUGUCUUUGCGUUACCGUUCAUACUAGGAACUAGUAUCUCGAAGGAGAAACUCACAGGGCUUAGAAAGCGUUUCCUCAAGAACACUCCUCCCUCGAAGUGGAUUACCAAGGAUAACUACGCUGAGAUCACUAAGCUGUUUUCGGAAGCCUAUUUCCAGUACCCGAUGGUAAAGAACAUCAAGCAGCACCUCGCCAACCGGAAGAAUACUUCGACCAGUGUCUACUCCUUCCAGUUUCGUGGCCGGUACUCUUUCUCCACAUUGUUAACCGGCUCAGAAAAGUCGUACGGUCUUAGUCAAGCCGACGAGAUGAUCUACCUUUUCCGUAUGCAACUGUUGUUCCCCGAGUUUCCACCAGGCUCGCCGGAAGCGGAAAUGGCCCAGCUGUGGGUAAAGUUUAUCGUAGACUUUGCCACGCAAGAAUCGGUCGAUAAGAUCGGAACAUGUUACGGCGAAAAGUGUGACGUGGUGACGUUUGCAAACUCGAACAAUCGAUACUUUCUCGUAAGCAAAAAACUUGUGCCAGGGCUGGACGAAGAGAUGUACCGCUUUUGGAAGGGUUUUUAUGAGGAAAUAGCAUCAUAUUAA